UUCAUUGGUUCUGCAAUCGACAUUUCUUUCACCCAAUAGAAAAUAUAACUCGAUAGACUACGCAAUUGCAAUCAGCGAGUGAAGAAAUUCAAUCAAAAUGGAUAAUCCAAAAUCACAAAUUACAUCUCUGAUCCACACCCUCUGUUCCGGGGCUCCCUCCGCCCAACAAAAAGCUCUACAACAGUAUUUCACCCCCGACGCAUCGUUCUCGCAUCCACUGUGCUCGGUACCUUCUUUCUCUUCUGUUCGACUACCCGUGGUUGGAGAGGUCAAUAGUAGAUGGGUAUUGGGGUGUGUGUAUAAAUGGUAUAAGGUGCUGAGUCCAAGGGUUGUGGUGGGAGUGGAUGGAAAUAUAACGCAGAAACGCAAACUCUCUUUCUCCAACUCCAUCAACAAUUCCACCUCUUCUUCCUUCCAUUUUUCUAUCCAACAUUUUCUGGCGGGUGGAACACAAAUCAUUAGCCUUUGGAGAUUGAUUGCGACAUUGUUAUGUAUAGUAGGGGCAGUGAUGUUUGCGCCGAUGACGUGGAUGGAGGAGUGGGGAUGGUUUGGCAAUGGGAUGGAUGUAAAGAGGGGCGAGAAAGAAGAUGGAGGCGAGCACGAGACAGGUGGUCGCGAGACUAAUGGGGUGAAUGGCUCAAGGAGAGAGAAGAGAAGGAAAACGAUUAGUGGUUCCGGAGGGAAGGAGAGAUAG